UUGUUGCAGAAAUGAUUCGUACUUUUAAUAUUAGCAUUAUAACACACAAAGAAGCGGAUAAAAUAAAUUGGGGAAUUUAAUUUCUUUAAAACUUUACAAAAAUAAUUAAAAAUAUGGAUCUAAAUAAAAUUUCUACACGCCUUGAUGUUAAGUUAGAUGUAUAUAAUAAGCGACCAGAAUCGUUAAAAUUCCACAGAUGGACAAAAUGUGAAGUGAAAAUUGAAGCUAUCAAAUGUUUGCCGUGCUUUCUGCGCGUAUCAAUAAAAUCUUUGGAAGCUCAACAAGAUAGAUUCGGAGAAUUAAGUAUAUCUAUAUCUAUAAAUGCACCAGGCGUAAAUAUUAGUUUGGCAACCUCUCGUACAAAGCUUUAUUCAUAUGGCUUGUUUUGGACUCAUAAUCGUCGUAGUUGUUUUAUUUAUUUUGCUUUGGAAACUGAGUUAGCCUGCCGUAAGCAUAUGAAAUGGUUAAAAAAAGCCAUGAAAAACCUGGAUUUACAUCAGCAAAUGGUCUUGGAGCAACGUCGAAAUAGUCGUGGGGCCUUGGAUCGACCAAGCAAACAAAAUAGCUUUCUUAAAGGAAUAGUUACCACUUUAGGUGCGCUGCCAAAAGUACCAGACAACACUGCCAACGGCAAUUUUAAUAGCUUCCCCCGUGUUUCUGAUAUUUAUGAGGAAAUUCUUGAAGGCCAAUCAUCGCCACGGGUCUCCCGCAGAUUUUCCCGUGCAUCAGUUGCUUCGGGAAUUUAUGAAGAAAUGAAACCUUGUCCAUUUAAUUUUCAUUCAGUUUUGGAAGAAAACCUACAGAUGAACACGCCGCCACCUUUGCCUCCACCGCGUAAAAGGCUGAAUACAUUCGAUAAUGCCGUAGAAGGAGCUUUACGGCGUUCUAGGACAAAUCCGGAAUCAGAAUUAAUAAAAAAGGGAUGUAGAGAUGAUCGUUUUGCCCGUACUAGUGGAAAUGUAGGCCGUGAAAAACGUGCUGAGAGUGUAAGUGAGAGUUCUGUUUGUAGAGUGGAUGAUAUAUUGAAUAAGGUAAAGGAAGUCCAACAAGUUCAAGUGAAUUACAAAGAAGAAAUUUUAGAGCCUUCACCCGGUUUUAUAAAGGCCAACAAACGCAAUAGUUUUUCUAGUCCAGAUUUAUCAAAAAUUAAUCUCCUAGAAAUAUUUGAUGAAGCUCAAUCAAAAAAGUUGUUCCCUCUAGGGGAUUCAGCUGAAGAUUUAUUCGAAAAAUGUGAUGAAGUCUUCUUUGCCGUAAAUAACCAUAAUAUAAGUUCAUGCAGCUUAGACGAUUUCAGUCUAAAUCCCUUUAAGGGUUUGGAUACAAAAAGGAAUUCGGCCGAAAGUUUGAACAUAUCUGAACAAUUGUCGGCAAAUUUUAAUUUUUCUGCUUGCAAUUCAUCAGUAGUGAAUUUAGUUGGUGCUAGCGGUGCUGUUCCCUCAUCAAGCCUUAUAAGCCAGAACAAAAUUCUUACCGAUGACUUGACCGGCUAUUGUGUUAUGGCACCAAUUAGACAAAAGAGAAAAGAAACUGCACAAAUAGGUGCUAUUGCCACUUCGUGCUCUGCGAGUACUACGAGUACUUCGUCCGGGCAUUUGACAGGUUCGUGUGAUACUCCUUCGACAUCAUCAGGAGUAAAUUGUGCGAAUAUUGCAAAUGAUGUGAAAUUAAAUAAUCUGGAAGCCGGAGCUGGAGAAAAUAACCUCAUAACUUUAUCGGCAGAAGCUAAUGAUAACAGUACUAUAUAUGAGGAUAUGGAAGUUGUUUCUCCUCAUGCGAACAAUUCUACUCUGAUGAAGACCUAUGAAAAUAUGACACCUACGGUAAAUAAAGGUUUUAUGGGUAACCUUUAUGAGAAUUUACUAACCUUUAAAGCGACUCAGGAGUUAGAACACGCUUUGCCGAGGAAAAUGUGCACAAGUACUCCUACCGACGAGGACAAAGCAGAAAGAGAAAAUUCUGCCAUUAGAAAGGAUGAAGGUGAGGAAAGUUAUUACCAAACUCCAAGAAAGUCAUUGAUAAGCGUUGAUGAAAAAAUACCUUCGUAUUAUCCAAAUAGUUGCGGGACGUUGAAAACUAAACGCUCUACUACAAGUCCUCUGCAAACAAAAGUUCCUUUUAAUGGUAGGGAAAAAGGCAAAGAAGGUUUAACUUUGGGUCUUAAACAUUUGGUUAAUAUUAAAAUGCAACGCGAACGAAAGGAAAAUCUGUACAUGUCGUCGCCGCAAAAAAUAAUGGAACAACGCGGUAAAGAAAAAAAAUUAAUGAACGCUCAAAGAAUAUCGGAAAAUGUCUAUGCGGUCAAACAAGAUAAUAUGAUGACCUUUAACAAUAACAAAAAUAAUAAUAAUUACAAUGAGACUGAAAAAUCGCAGCACAUUAAGCUUAGCAAAAAUGGAAGAGAAUUAAUCGAUUUAUCUUUGCUACCAAAGAUAGAUUUUAGAUUUGAUGAUAUUACUAAUUCAACAGAAGUGAUUUCUCCUCUACAUAAUAGCGAGAGAAAACCGAGUGGCAUUGUUAGUUUCACGGAAGCCGAAACUGAAUACGAACGUUACUUUCAGGCUAGUAAAAAUGCUGCCCGGCUUUUGCAUAAAUAUGCUACCUUUGCUCCUAAACCGCCGGGGCGGGCCCAACAUCAAUUGCAAUCUCAACAGAGUCAACCGCAUCAACAACUGAUGGUUCAACCAUCUUAUCCUAAACUGGCAUCAUCUAUUCUUACAAAGUCUUCGUACUCACCUCCAACAACAGAUGCGCCAAUUUCAGCCAAGAAAUUCAGUUCAUUGCCGAGUUUUCGAAAAUUUGAUUUGUCACCUAUAAAAAUGAAAAUUCAUAAUGCCUUGCAACGCCAUUAAAGUGAGAGCCUGACAGCUGUUGAACUGCUGCAAAGACAUUUCGAAAACGUUAGUCUUUAUUAUCCUGAUUAUUAUAUGCUUCUAAAAUCGAUAUUGCAUUUGUUCUUCCAUUUAGUUUACGUUUAAUCCCUUUUUAAACGUUUUCGUUAUCUUUAAUAUUAUGCAUGGGAAUUUGAUGUUACAUUGCUAAUAAUGAUUUUUCAAAAACAAUUUUUAGCGGACAAUGGUUUAUUGCUAUCUGUUAGCAAAUCCAGCGCUUUUCAUACGCAUAUUUAAAGCUUACCUUAGGAUAUGGACUGAAAUUGUUGUCAGUAUUAUUUUAAAAAUAUUCUUAUUUAAUUAUAAAAUUUUGAAUUUACUUGCUUUUGAAUACUAUUAAUGAUAGAUAUGAAUCUGGUUUCGUUUAAAAAAAAACUAAAAUCGAUGUGCAUUUAAGACUAGAAAAAAAAUUAAGCUUACCUUCAGAAUUC